GGCUGGGUUGGGCGUAAGCUGCCGAUCGACUCACUCCAGUUCCACAUUCUGUGAGCCGUACGGCGUUUUGGAUGCUGUGAGUUUCCUCUGUCAGAGAAGUCUCAAAUGUGUUGUUAUACGCGACUCACAGGCAGCCCUUCAUGCCCUUACAUCUUCAAAUCCUGCCUCCCGUCAUCUGGUGAACAGGAUCUUGACAGGCCUGGCUCUGGCUCAUGACCGGUCCCUGGAUUUAAAGUUUGUCAGUUCCCUCCAUUGUAUCUCAUGGUGACGCCGUGGAUCGCCUGCAUGUGAACCGCCUACCUAUCACGCUGGCCACAGCCCCUCCCUCCAGUGCCUCAGCUAACAGGGAGGAGUGGUAUAAGUGGCCUUCAGAACACUACCGUAUGAAAGAACACUGUCCAGGCUACUCAUGAAGAUAAGAGACUAACAUGAGAGGUGAGCCGCGCAUCGGACCAGCUGAGACCAGUAAUUCUUGUUGAAGGAAGUGCUGAGCUAUGGGUGUGAUCACAUUAGUGCUGAUCCUUUUGGCGGCGGUGCUGGCUUACACCGUCAUCUGGGUCCAUCAUCGUCGCCAGCAGCACGCAGUCUUUUCCCGUAUAGGCAUCCCGUAUGUUCCUCCUCACCUCAUAUACGGCAGCAACCACAUUCUGCGGGGGUCUGGUAAAAUGACUAUUGACGUCAUUGGUCAGUGGCUGCAGCAGUACGGGAAAAUCUUUGGGUACUAUAUUGGCUGGAAGCCCACGCUAGUGGUGGCUGAUUUAGAUCUCAUCAAGACCGUUUUGAUCAAGGAUUUCCACAACUUUAGUAAUCGACCUAAGCUGGUGAUUAACGCUCAGCCUGUCGUGAACACUCUGGUGGGGCUGCGGGACCAGCGGUGGAAGGAUGUGCGCUCUGUGCUCGCUCCAACCUUCUCCAUGGUGAAAAUGAAGCACAUGGCGGGCAUCAUGAACGAGAAAAUCAACGUACUGAUGAAGAUUAUUGAAGAAAAAAGCAGUAAUGGUGAGAAUGUGGAGAUGUACUCCAUCUUCCAGGGACUGACGCUGGAUGUUAUCAGCGAAUGUGCUCUUGCCAUGAAGACACAGUGUCAGCAAAAACAAAAUAAGGAUGAAAUGUUCAAGGCUGUGCGAGAAUUCCUUAAAAACGCCAUCAAUCCAGCCAUUUUACUGGCGCUGUACUUUCCCUAUUUUGCUAGCUUGAUGAGUUUUUUUAGUAAUCGUCUUGCACUGUCUGGUCGCAUGACUCGCAUGAUUAUCGAUCACCUCAAGGGCGUGAUUGCCGUCCGACGACAAGACAUUGACACCCGGAGCGUGGACGUUCUGCAACUGAUGCUAGAGGCAGCAGAGUCACGUUAUCAGGGCAGUGAAGAUGACAAGGUCUGGAUAAAGCAUAAGCUGCUCACAGACGAGGAGAUCAUAGCCAAUGCUUGGGUGUUCAUGUUGGGCGGAUUUGAAACCACGGCUAAUUCCCUCACCUACACCGCCUACUUGCUGGCCACUCAUCCCGAAGUGCAACAACGGUUGUACGAGGAGGUGUGCAACGUCACCAAGGAGAGUGGGAAGGUUACACUCACCUACGAGGACGUGCAGCAGCUGAAGUACCUGGACCAAGUGUUCAGCGAGUCCCUGAGGCUGUACCCGCCCGUCGUCACCUUCAUCAUGCGGGAGAGUGCUGACGAUUUUAAGCUGGGAGAUUAUUUGAUACCCAAGGACCUAUCCAUUCUGGUUCCCAUCUGGCAGAUACACCAUGACCCCGAGUACUGGCCAGACCCACACACCUUUGACCCAGAGAGGUUCUCAAUGGACAACAAAGCCAUGAAGACGCAGCAUCCCAUGUGCUAUCUUCCCUUUGGUGCUGGUCCCAGGAAUUGCCCUGGCAUGAGAUUUGCCCAGCUGGAAGCCAAAUUAACUCUGGCCAGGAUCGUGAAAACAUUUAGAUUGGAAGUUUGUGAGGACACUCCCCAGCCUCUCACUUUCAUAAUUCCAACAGUGGCCAUCAACCCAGCCAAGAAAGUAUUUCUCAGAGCUGUGCCCAGAUGUUCCAAUCAACAGUGAGAUGAGACGGAUUACCAUUCUUCACUGAUUUUACUAUAGUCAUAAUGUCUCUUUGAGCCCUGAACUUUUUUUUGCAUUUCAUGUAUAAUCAUUGAUGAAAGUGAUUUAUGACAUUCCAUACAAGACAUGUACUGUGGGGUAUGCUACAGUGAAUGGAUGUCAGUGAAUUUUGUAAUUUGUUUAGAUGCCUUAAUAAAUAAAAAUGUUGAAACUCA